UCACAGACUUGGUGCUACCCGGCCGUGUCUGUGUCAGAGAGGCGUUGAGAGGCUCGUCUCUUCAGGGGAGAAAACAGUGUUUUUAUCCAAGAUGCAGUUCAUGCUCUUAUUCAGCCGACAAGGCAAACUAAGACUUCAGAAAUGGUACGUGCCAUUGUCUGAUAAAGAGAAGAAGAAGAUCACCAGAGAGUUGGUGCAGACGGUCCUGGCUCGAAAGCCCAAAAUGUGCAGCUUCCUGGAGUGGCGGGACCUGAAGGUUGUGUAUAAGAGAUACGCCAGUUUGUACUUCUGCUGCGCCAUCGAAGACCAGGACAACGAGCUCAUCACGCUGGAGAUCAUCCACAGAUACGUGGAGCUGCUCGACAAAUACUUUGGCAGCGUGUGUGAGCUGGACAUUAUCUUCAACUUUGAGAAGGCUUAUUUCAUUCUUGAUGAGUUCCUGCUGGGUGGAGAAGCUCAGGAAACGUCCAAAAAGAACGUGUUAAAGGCCAUCGAGCAGGCUGACUUACUGCAGGAGCCCCGUCAUGAGUACUUUAAUGUGCCUGUGUACUGAAUGACCUCCAUCACUGCUGCUCCUGCUGCUGCUGCUGCUGCUGCUGCUCUCCACCCUGCAUGCUGAGCUCCUCAGUGCCUGGCACCUUUCUCUCUGCACUCUCAGCACCUGUCAUUGUCAUUGUUUUCAGGAUGUAAAAAUAUCUUGUGCUCCUGUUUCACGUCCACACAUGACAGUUCUGGUACGAUACUCUCCCAGUUUAAAUAGUGAUAUGAAAACAGCUGAAGAUGUUCACUGGGUGAGAUUUCUUUGUGCUCAGGGAAGAAGUGGAUCAAUGCUAUGUUACUGAGAGUUACAUCAUCUCCUUGUUCUGAAGUUUUCCCCAGAAUGUUUCUUUAUUAUAUUUUAACAUAUGUUAUUUGAUGAUAUAUUGCUAAGUGUUUCUCCUCUAAUGGUUUGUUUUAUCCCACCAUUUCAACACCUGUCUUUAUAUUUCUUCAUGUUUUCGUCAUCCUGACCCAAAGUAUGUUUAAAUCAUAGAUUUGCAUCAAAGGGUUCAAGCCAUGUGUGGAAACCGAAGCUAACUUUGGUGUUUAAAUGUAACCCUGAGCUUAACCAUGUAGUGUGACGCCUAAACCUCCAUGUUUGGAUAGAUUUAAGGAGAGAUUAUAGAAAAGACAGGGUCUUUGUGCUGAAAGAGAAAGAGGGAAAAUGUUCCAACAUGACGCUGAUUUCCUUGUAUCUGUUCAUUCAUGUGUCUGAGACUGUUUUAGGAAAAUCAUCUAUGUGUUGAAGUACAGACUCUACUCACUCAACAUACUGACAAACCAUGCUGCGCUACCACACGACAUCAUCACCUGUGCGUGUUUACAUCCAGGUAGUAGAGCUUUAGAGCAUUAUGGCAGGAGACUUUAAUCAAAGAUGCAGCAAAGACACAACACAUGAUCAGUGUUUCAGGCCUCCAAUAAAAAAAUAUUGAUAAUGAAUUUAA